ACACCUUGUGACACAGGGACAGCAGAGGCCUCCGGGCUGUCGCAACGCCUGGGACAGUUCCUCCCUGCAAGGACACAGAAAUCCUCCAACAGCUGCUGCACUCUGUGCCACCCAGCACCGUGGGGACACCCUGGGGACACCCCGUGCCACAGCCCCCAUGCAUCCAACUGGGAUUUCUGCAUGGGCGAAGCCCCUCGGCGGACAUGGGGCAGAGUGCAUUGGAGCCACAGGAGGAGGCGGAGCCUCUUGUCCCCGCAGGACGCGUCCCUGAUGGCCACUUUGUCUGAGCUCUUUACCAAGGAGCAGCUCUCCACCAGCACGGUGCUGUGGGCGAUGCUCAGCCUCAGCCUCUUCACCAUCCUCUUUGCAAUUGGCGUCGUGCUGCUGGUCCGGCGGCUGCGCCUUAAGAAGGUGCCCGCACAGGAGACGCCCAAAUACCGCUUCCGGAAGAGGGACAAGAUGCUGUUCUACGGGCGCAAGAUCAUGCGCAAGGUCUCCCAGUCCACCUCCUCGCUGGUGGACACCACCAUUUCCAGCACCUCGCGGCCCCGCAUGAAGAAAAAACUCAAAAUGCUCAACAUUGCCAAAAAGUUCCUGCGGAUCCAGAAGGAGCUGCCCACAUUGCAGCUGAAGGAACCCCCUCCCUCGGUGCUGGAAGCUGACCUGACCGAAUUCGACGUGGCCAAUUCCCACCUCCCCUCCGAGGUGCUUUACAUGCUCAAAAACGUCCGGGUGCUGGGACACUUUGAGAAGCCGCUGUUUCUGGAGCUCUGCAAGCACAUGGUUUUCCAGCAGUGUCAACAAGGGGAUUAUGUGUUCAGACCCGGGCAGCCCGACACCAGCAUCUACGUGCUGCAGGACGGCAAGCUGGAGCUGCUCCUCACCGAGCCGGAUGGGAAGGAGACAGUGAUGAAAGAGGUGUUUCCUGGAGACAGCGUGCACAGCCUGCUCAGCAUCCUCGAUGUCAUCACGGGCCACCAGCGGCCGUACCGCACGGUGUGCGCGCGGGCGGCGGAGGAUUCUACAGUUCUGCGUUUACCAGUUGAAGCCUUUUCAGCUGUCUUUGAGAAAUACCCCGAGAGCCUGGUGCGGGUGGUGCAGAUCAUCAUGGUGCGCUUGCAGCGCGUCACCUUCCUGGCUCUGCACAAUUACCUGGGGCUGACCAACGAGCUUUUCAGCCACGAGAUGCAGCCGCUGAGGCUCUUCCCACAGCCCAACCUCGCCACCCGCACCAGCCCAGUCCGCCAUGGCAAGCGGGGUCUCGGCACUGCUGAGGAGAGCAGGGAGAGACCAACGGAGCUGAGUAAGGGUCUGGACCCCUCCCCCCACCUCCCUGGCCCUCGCCCUGCAGCAGGAGGGGGCUCACAGCUGUCUGUCCCUGCAGUUGAGCCGCUGAAAGCUGGAGUUCUGGAUGCCUCUGCACCACCGCUGCUGAGCCGCUGCAUCUCCAUGCCGGUGGAUAUCUCUGGCAUCCAGAAGGGUCCCCGCUCCGACUUCGACAUGGCCUACGAGCGCGGCCGCAUCUCAGUGUCGCUGCAGGAGGACAGCAGCAGCCCCCUGGCUGCCUUCUCUCGGUCCAUCUCACACGAGCCCAAGGAACGCAAGUCGGUGACGGUGGAGGAGCAGCCGUCGGGCGUCUACAGGUACAGCUGCGAGGACGACCCAGCCGUGGCGGAUUGUCCCUUCGAGCCUUACCAGGGUCGCCAAACCAGCUCCAUCUUUGAGGCGGCCAAGCAAGAGUUGGUCAAACUCAUGAAGGUGGAGGACCCUUCUCUUCUCAACAACCGCGUCUUGCUUCACCACGCCAAAGCUGGGACGGUUAUUGCCCGUCAAGGGGACCAAGACGUGAGCCUCCACUUUGUGCUGUGGGGCUGCCUGCACGUCUACCAGAGGAUGAUCGACAAGGCCGAGGACGUCUGCCUCUUCUUGACGCAGCCCGGGGAGAUGGUGGGGCAGCUGGCCGUGCUCACCGGGGAGCCCCUCAUCUUCACCAUCAAGGCCAACCGCGACUGCACCUUCCUCAAGAUCUCCAAGUCGGACUUCUACGAGAUCAUGCGGGAGCAGCCCAGCGUGGUGCUGAGCGUCGCCCACACCGUGGUCACCCGCAUGUCGCCCUUCGUGCGCCAAAUGGACUUCGCCAUCGAUUGGAUGGCGGUGGAAGCCGGCCGGGCUCUCUACAGGCAGGGUGACAAGUCAGACUGCACCUACAUCGCGCUCAACGGGCGGCUCCGCUCCGUCAUCCAGAAGGGCAGCGGCAAAAAGGAGCUGAUUGGGGAAUACGGCCGCGGGGAUCUGAUCGGCGUGGUGGAAGCGCUCACCCGGCAGCCCCGUGCCACCACGGUGCACGCAGUGCGGGACACGGAGCUGGCCAAGCUGCCCGAAGGCACCUUGAACAACAUCAAGCGUCGGUACCCUCAGGUUGUCACCCGUCUCAUCCACCUCCUGAGCCAAAAGAUCUUGGGAAACCUCCAGCAGCUCCGCGGCCCCUUCGCAGGCUCUGGUUUGGGCAUGGCCUCCAGCUCGGAGCCCACCAACCCCACCAGCAACCUGUCAACGGUGGCGGUGCUGCCGGUGUGUGACGACGUGCCCACGGCUGCCUUCACCUUGGAGCUCAAGCACGCACUGAAUGCCAUCGGUCCCACGCUGGUCCUCACCAGCGACAUCAUCCGUGCCCGACUCGGCUCCUCGGCACUGGACAGCAUCCACGAGUAUCGUCUGUCAGGCUGGCUGGCCCAGCAGGAGGACAUCCAUCGCAUCGUGCUCUACCAGACUGACUGCACUCUGACGCCGUGGACCGUGCGCUGCAUCCGGCAGGCAGACUGCAUCCUCAUCGUCGGGCUGGGGGACCAGGAGCCGGCGCUGGGAGAGCUGGAGCAGAUGCUGGAGAACACAGCGGUGCGUGCAUUGAAGCAGUUGGUCCUCCUGCACCGUGAGGACGGUCCCAGCCCAUCGCGCACCGUUGAGUGGCUCAACAUGCGGAGCUGGUGCUCGGGCCACCUGCACAUCAAGUGUCCGCGCCGCGUCUUCUCCCGACGCAGCCCCGCCAAGCUGCGAGAGAUGUACGAGAAGGUGUUCGCCAAGAGCGCCGAUCGGCACAGCGACUUCUCCCGCCUGGCGCGGGGGCUCACCGGGAACACCAUCGCCCUCGUGCUGGGUGGUGGAGGAGCCAGGGGCUGCUCCCACAUCGGGGUGAUCAAGGCGAUGGAGGAGGCGGGGAUCCCCAUCGACAUGGUUGGUGGCACCUCCAUCGGCUCCUUCAUCGGCGCGCUGUACGCCGAGGAGCGCAGCGCUGUGCGCACCAAGCAGCGGGCGCGGGAGUGGGCCAAGCGCAUGAAUUCGGUGUUUGCGACCGUCCUGGACCUCACCUACCCCAUCACCUCCAUGUUUUCGGGCUCAGCCUUCAACGCCAGCAUCAACAAAGUUUUCCAGGACAAGCAGAUCGAGGACCUUUGGCUUCCCUACUUCAACGUCACGACAGACAUCACAGCCUCAGCCAUGCGGGUGCACACAGAUGGCAGCCUUUGGCGUUACAUCCGAGCCAGUGCCUCCUAUCCCCCCUACCUGCCUCCGCUCUGCGACCCCAAGGACAGCCACUGCCUCGUGGACGGCUGCUAUGUUAACAAUGUCCCAGGCUCGCUCUGGCGGUACGUGCGAGCCAGCAUGACCCUAUCUGGGUACCUGCCACCCCUCUGCGACCCCAAGGACGGCAACUUGCUGAUGGACGGGGGUUACAUCAACAACCUGCCAGCUGACAUCGCUCGCAACAUGGGUGCCAAGACGGUGAUUGCCAUCGACGUGGGCAGCCAGGACGAGACAGACCUGUGCAACUACGGGGACAGCCUGUCGGGAUGGUGGCUGCUCUGGAAGCGCCUCAACCCUUGGGCUGAAAAAGUCAAGGUGCCCGACAUGGCGGAGAUCCAGUCGCGCUUGGCGUACGUGUCGUGUGUGAGGCAGCUGGAGGUGGUGAAGUCCAGCUCGUACUGUGAGUACAUCCGUCCCCCCAUCGACCGCUUCAAGACGAUGGAUUUUGGCAAGUUCGAUGAGAUCUACGUGAGUCACAGAAUCACAGAAUCACAGAAUUGUAGGGGUUGGAAGGGACCUCCAGAGAUCAUCGAGUCCAACCAUCGACUCCAUCGAGUCGGGGGCGGAGGAGGCAGGCGGGGUGGCUUUGGGACAUUCAAUGGGGCGGCGUGGGUUGGUGGGGUUCUUCAGCCAUCGUUUGGGGUGUCCUGGUCGUUAACAGUGUGCCCCGGCCACCUCUUGAGCACCCAGGUCGUUACCUGUGUGUCCCAUCAUCAGGUUUCACCAACCAGCAAUGAGUUGGGUGCCCCAAGCACCACUGACGGCGUUUUGGCCCGUCGGUUACGGUGCAUGGCUCACUGGUUAAUGGCCCCAGCCAUUAACAAGGCACAGCAGGCCAUCAUUUGGGGCGUCCCGGCCGUUUUUGGUGUUCCCCAGCCCCUGGCUGGGAUGUCUUAGCCUUCAGUUGGGUGCCCUAGCCAUCAUUUGUGUGCGCUGACCGUUCAUGUGGUGACAGCUAUUGCCUAGGCUUGUCCACACCAUCAUUUGCGAUGCCCGAGCCGUCAGUGGCAGUGUCCUGCCCAUCAUUUGAGUCAUCAUUCGUGGUCCCCAUGUCAUCAUUUAAGGUUCCCCGACCGCUAUUUGGGUGCCCAGGCAAAAGUUGGGUGCCCUUUGCCAUCGGUUGGAAUGCCCUUGCCAUGGGUUGGGAUGCUCUGGCCAUCAGCUGGGUACCUGGGCCAUCCUUCGAGCCUCCCAAAGCCAUCCCUCGUUUUACCCGAGCCACCAACGAGCCUUGGCCACA